AUGGAGUCUUCCAUGCAGAAAUCAAAAAUCCAGACCAAGGAGAUCCCUACUUUAUCUUCUUCUACUACUGACGCAGCUCCUGAGGGAUUGGAUAAUGGUGAUGAUGAUGAUGAUGAUGAUGAUGUUGGUGAUGAUGAUGUUAAUGAUGCAACAAGUUCCAGCUGUUACAAGUCAGGUCUUUUUGUCUUUCCAUUGGAUGAGUACACAACAGUUGUUGGGUUUGAAGCAGUGGUCUCUGGACGAGUAAUAACUGUACAAAUCAAGGACAAGGCAAAGACAGACGACUGUUACCUCGACUGCUGUAGCCUGCCGAAUGGUGGCCUUCAGAAAGAGAAUGGAAGGAUUCUUUUAGAUGAGGAUUUGGAAAGGGUCAUUUUUGCUGUGAAUGUUGGAAUUGUGCCUCCCAGUGAAAAAAUAACAGUCUUAAUCAGCACAUCCUCAGAGUUGCAGACACUGCCAAAUGGUGCAUUACGGGUUUUUAUUCCAUCAGUCUGUGUACCUCGUGUCCAAGUUUCCAGCACUGAAGAAAAUGGUCAGAGUAUAACCCAUCAGCAAAAACGUGGUCACCACCAUUGCUCCUAUGAGCAAACUGCAAGCACUAACCAGUUUAGUAUAGCAUUGCUUGUAGAAGAAGAAACCACUAAUGCUUCUGAGUAUGACUUCAGCUUUCGUCUUGAGAUUCGUGGACCAUACCUACUUGCAGGUGUUGAGAGUCCAACUCAUGAAAUUCGGGCAGAUGCAGAUCCGUCAGCCUAUUCUGCAACAAGCAUUAUGAUAACACUGGCCAAUAGACACACCUAUGAUAGACCCGUGGAAAUCAUCAUACACCCUAGUGAACCUCAUAUGGCCCACAUCCUCAUGGAAUAUGGUGACAUGACUCCUGAUGAGUAUGAGCAACACCUGAAGGGCAAGAGUGACUUUGUUAAAGGGACCAGGAAAGACCCAAGCUCAGAGAAAAAGGUGGAAAUCAUCAAGAAACGACUUAGCAAGGACAUACUUCACAAUCCAGUUGUCAUGCUGAACUUCUGUCCAGAUCUAAGAGGUGCUCAGCCAGAAUUAAAGAAAAUGCAUGGAGAAUUUAUAUUUCUUAUUGACAGAAGUGGAAGCAUGAGUGGGAUAAACAUCAAUCGUGUUAAGGAUGCAAUGUUAGUGAUUCUGAAAAGUCUGGUGCCUGCUUGCCUAUUCAACAUCAUUGGAUUUGGUUCCAGCUUCAAGACUCUCUUCCCUUCAAGUCAGGUGUACAAUGAAGAGACUUUGGCUUUGGCCUGUGAUUACUUGAAGAGAAUCCGAGCUGACAUGGGAGGAACAGACAUCUAUUCACCACUGAAUUGGAUUUUGCGUCAGCCAGUUAGCAGAGGACAUCCACGCCUGAUUUUUCUUCUAACUGAUGGAGCCGUAAGCAACACAGGGAAGGUCAUUGAGCUUGUUCGGAAUCAUUCUCGCUCCACAAGGUGCUAUAGCUUUGGAAUUGGGCAGAAUGCUUGUAGAAGACUAGUAAAGGGACUAGCUGUUGUUUCAAAAGGAACGGCUGAGUUUCUGGUAGAGGGCGAGCGCCUGCAACCAAAGAUGGUGAAAUCAUUGAAGAAGGCAAUGGCCCCUUCCUUGACUGAUAUCAGAAUUGACUGGUUCUUUCCAGAGACAGCUGAAGUCCUUGUGUCUCCAGUUGGCGCUAGCUUUCUUUUUCCUGGAGACAGAUUGAUUGGUUACAGUGUUGUAUGUGACACAUCAAGAUACCAUACAAAUCCAAAAUCUGAAAAGCGACAUCAGUACAACAUGAUGCAUUCUCAGGAAUCUGGUAGUUCGGUGUUUUAUCACUCACAAGAGGAAGAGUCAAACAAGACAUUAAGUGAGAGCAGAAAAUCUUCCAAAGAGGUGGCAGUAGGAUCUUUAAGAGACAGCUCUCAAGAACUGAGCCCAGAUAUUGCAAUUACUGAAGAUGUUGUAGGAACUAAUACAAAAUCACCAAGGAGGCGAGCUUACAGUACCAAUCAAAUAGCUGAUCAUGGUCCCUUUAAGAAGAGUCCAACAUCUAGUGAUCCAACAUCUGCAGCAGGGAAAAAUCCCCUUCGAAGAGCAAAGGCUCAGGACCUAGUAGGACAAACCAGUCCAGAGGGUCUGAUUUCAUUUCAGGUGGACUACCAGGCAAGCUUUAAGUCUGUAUACUUGCAGACAACAUGCUGUGUAUAA